CUCUCCUCUUUUAUUUGGUUCUCAAGAAUUCCACGGAGUAAGGUUCCAUUUGAUGCUGUGAAUGUGGCUACCCUCGGAAUGCUAGAUGCCGAGCACUUGCCACACCUUCCAUACUCCCAUUCACAGUCAACUGCAGAGGGAGAAAGGGCACAAAACUAUUAUGACCAAAACGAUUAAUGCCAAUAUUGCCAAAAUGACCAAGAAAUAUUUAUAGCUAUUAUUAUAUGAGGUAUGAAUAGCCAUAGCAUUC